GACGACGGCCGCUGCGCGAGGGACCAGGGGUGCGGACACCAACUGGAGCCAGGCGGCGGCCGCCGGCGCACGUGCGCCCGGCCGCGGAGAUCGGGUUUCGCUGACGCCCAGGUAGCGGGGGGCCCGACCCACGAGCUUGAAACAAAGGUGAGCUGCCUCCGCGCAUCUGCACGACACGGCGGAUGCUCCGGCGCUACACACACUACCUUGCCGAGCGCCGACAGGACACCGGGGACGCUCGUGCGGCACGGAAAGACGAUGCACUUGUCGCGCCAAGGCGGUUGAAAUAAGCCGUGGCCGUCCAAAAGGAAUCCCCAGCGAGUGCCGAAGCCCCGCCGCGACCGGAGGAAGCCCCAGCACUGCCUCCUGCGCUCGGCCGGGGCUUCUCGGCGCAAUCGUGCGCUCGCGGCCACGAGCGCUGCACGUGCCCUAAGGAUUCGGAACCCCGAGGUUCUGGUUCCAGAAUCCUUAGAGGAUUCUGGAAGCCCUCCCUAUGGAGUUCUGGGACGACGACGAGGCGUGGAAGUGCUCCCAGUCGGACUUGGCCGACCUCGUCAACGCCGAGCCAGACCCCCUGGCCGGCUUGCUCUGCCAUUCACCCAGGGGGGACACCAUCGCGGACGUGCUGCUGUCUCUCAAGCACGCCGUGGUGCACCCGAGCUCGCCGGCGGCGGGUGCCGGGCCCUACGGGGCCGGGCCGGCCGAAGCCCCCCCGCCGCCGCCGCCACCGCACAUGUUCCCCACCUCGAUGAGCGUUAACCUGUCCAUGAACAUGACCAUGGGCGUGGCCGGAUGGGAGCCCAGUUAUGCCACGCAGUGGGGGCCUCCACCCUACCACCACCACCCUCAGGAAGACCUCUACGCGAGUGCUGGCUACGCGACGGACGUGGUCGCACCCCCGCCCCCGCCACCACCCGCGCAGCACCAGGUCGUCGGAGGCCAGGUCGGUGCCGUGAGUCAGGGAGGCGUCGUCACUGGUGUACAGGGCGCGGUGCGCGGCUCCGAUGGUCGUGUCAACUUGUGCGGCAUCUGCGGCAAGGCGUACGCGCGGCCUAGCACGCUCAAGACGCACCUGCGCACGCAUUCGGGCGAACGGCCCUACCGCUGUCUCCAGUGCAGCAAGUGCUUCUCGCAGGCGGCCAACCUGACGGCGCACCUGCGCACACACUCCGGCGAGAAGCCGUUCCGCUGUCCGGUGUGCGAGCGCCGCUUCUCUCAGAGCUCGUCGGUGACGACGCACAUGCGCACGCACUCGGGCGAACGGCCCUACCGCUGCUGCCUCUGCAAGAAAGCCUUCUCGGACAGCUCCACGCUGACCAAGCAUCUGCGCACUCACUCGGGCGAGAAGCCCUACCAGUGCCGGCUCUGUCUGCUCCGCUUUUCGCAGUCGGGCAACCUGAACCGGCACAUGCGCGUCCACGCCAACGCCUCCUGAGCCCCCCUUUAAUUUAAAAACCCGCCCCCCUUUUUUUACGCUGGCGCACAGGUCUCGCUUCUGGCAGACGGACCGAGCUGGCCCGAGAAGAGCUACUGCAGUAUCAGAGGUACAAAAUAAAGGUAUAU